AUGGAAGAAGCCCAUUCCGGGAUAUGUGGAGCACAUCAGUCUGGUCCUAAACUUCACUUUUGGGUAAAAAUGAUGGGUUACUAUUGGCGUAUGAUGGUUAAAGAUUGCUUGGACUACUCAAGAAAGUGUCAACCUUGCCAGUUUCAUGCAAACUUUAUCCAUCAACCACCAGAACCUUUACACCCGACAAUUGCUUCUUGGCCAUUUAUGCAUGGGGUAGUUGCUAAAUCAAAGCGGGAUUGGCAUGAAAGAAUUGGAGAAGCACUCUGGGCAAACCAUACGACACAUCGUACCCCAACACAAGCCACCCCAUACUCCCUUGUGUAUGGUGUUGAAGCGGUCCUUCCUUUGGAACAACAGAUUCCUUCAUUAAGGAUAGUUAUACAAGAAGGUCUCACUAAUGAUGAGAAUGCAAAACUACGCCUUGCUGUGUUAAAAGCAUUGGAUGAGAAAAGAUUGGAAGCACAACAAAAACUUGAGUGUUACCAAGCUCGACUCUUCAGAGCUUUCAAUAAGAAGGUUAGACCCUGGUCUUUUGAAGUUGGAGAAUUGGUAUUGGCUAUUCGAAGACCUAUCAUCACCACCCACCAAACCGACAACAAGUUCUUGUCCAAGUGGGAUGGUCCAUACGUGGUGACUGAAGUUUACACUAACGGAGCAUACAAGAUUGUUAAUGAAGAAGGUAUUAGAGUUGGUCCAAUCAAUGGCAAGUUUCUAAAGCACUACUAUCCAUGA